CAAUCAAAUAAACAAACUCAAGUCACUUGCCGAUGAAAGUGGUGGAAAUUUCCCAUAAAUAAACAAAGGAACAAACAAACAACUCCUCCAUUUCCAUUACUUUACUCUUUCUAUUUCUUAAUAUAAACGGACGAUUUUACCCUCCAUCUCUCGCCGUUUUCACACUAUGAGCUUUCCACAUCCCUUUACGAAGUGACGAUAUUACCCCUAAAAGCGACCUUCCUCGAAGAAACCACAUACCAACAAUCUGAGAGAUUAAUCGCAAUUUCCCAGACACGGGACCUUCCCUCAUUAAUCUUAGCUGGCUUCCAUGGAUGUUCCUUCUCAGAAAUCCCAAUUUCUCUUCCUUUAUAUUCUCAUUCACUCCUCAUUCUCCUCCUCAAAUCAAUAACAACGAUAAAAAAACAAACCUUCCUUAACCAGAACCAAAUUUCAGAUUUUUAAACAACAUAAGCUCUAAUGGCGUCACCAAAGUCACCCACAAGACCAACCCAACAAAACCCACAACCCAAUUUCCACGAUUUUCUUCCUACCAUGGCCGGAAACCUAGGCGGUGAAGGUCUGAUCGGAGAGCUAUGCAACGGCUUCGAGCUUUUGAUGGACAGAGAGAAAGGUGUCAUCACGUUCGAGAGUCUCCGACGUAACGCUGCGGCGGUUCUGGGUUUAGGAGAUUUGACUGAUGAAGAUGUCCGGUGUAUGAUUAAAGAAGGUGAUUUUGACUGCGACGGUGCGUUGAAUCAGAUGGAGUUUUGUGUGUUGAUGUUUAGGCUUAGCCCUGAUUUGAUGGAAGCGUCGCGGUGUCUCGUCACGGAGGUCAUUGAGGAGGAGUUUGGCUUCACGCGCCGGCAUUGACACUGGAGAGAUUUGGGAUCCCUUCCUCUUUUAUUUAAUUCGAUUCAUUUGUUACCUUUUUCUUAAUUUUUCCAUUAAUGUUACCAUUCACAUAAUUCUUUUAAUCAUAGUACUUGAUACUAUUUUUACACUUCAGUUUAUAUCUUUGAUCAGAUGUGUUGAACAUAUAUAAAAUAAAGAAAAAAAUUCAUAAACUAGACUGGUGAUGACUGUAUCACAAUAUCGAUUUGUAGCACACACAAAAAAAUCAUCAUCCUUAAGCACUAUCAAUGAUGUGUUGAUUAUAAUGCUUAAUCUUUCCAUGAAUAAAAGGAGAUAUGUUAAUUAGGAGCUAUCUAGUCAAGCUUUUACAAUU